GAUUGUCCAUUUAGCUUAAAAAGUAACAGGAUGUAAAGUUUAUUUUCAAAGGUGCAUUGACCAAGUUACUGUUUUACUGGACAGGCAAAGAAACCAGCACUUAAGAAUGGGAACUCCACUAUUUAUCAUCAGCUUUUUCACUCUUGCUUCCUAUGCCAGAUCAGCUCCAGUAACAUGUAGCUUGGACGAUGUGAGCAUUAAAGGAGGAUGGCUUAGUCAGACAGGGACUGAGUAUGGAAGUAAAUUAACAUACCACUGUCCUGAAAAUCAGUAUCCCCACCCUAUGCCGGAGCGGAGGUGUGAGAGGACUGGUCAGUGGACACGGCUUAAAACUUUUGAUGGUGCACGGUAUACAAGAACUCCAGAAUGUAAACAAAUUAUAUGUCCAGACCCUUCAGGGUUUCAGCAUGGGGCACUGGAGCCAUCUCAGCCACUUUAUUAUAUAGGAGACACCACCACAUAUCAGUGCUAUGAAGGAUAUGAGCUGUAUGGUUCAGCAAGCAGGAUAUGCCAGCCUAAUGGAAAGUGGAAUGGGUCCACACCUAUUUGUGUCAGAAAAUCUGAUGAAGAGGCUUGUACAGACCCUGGGGUUCCUGCCGGCAGCAGAAGGACUGGCAAUAGCUUCGACAUUGAUGACAAGGUGACAUAUGAGUGUGCAAGAGGAUUGAUUUUGUUUGGAUCCAAAGUAAGAGUUUGUCAAGAAUCUGGGGAAUGGACUGGCUCUGAACCUGUCUGCUACUAUCCUUACACUUACGACACACCAGAAGAAGCAGCCUCUAAACUGGGUUCCAGUUUGAAUGCUUUGCUGGAGGUUUCCAAUCCUGAAAAACCUAACGAGAAAAAGGAUCAUGCAAGAAAGAUCAUUCUAAAGCAGAAUAGUAUACUUCACAUUUAUAUAGUUUUAGACACAUCGGACAGUGUUCAAGAUCAGUUUGAACAAUCCAAAAAAUGUGUAAUGGAUUUGAUGGACAAGAUCAGUGCUUAUGAAGUUUCCCCAAAAUAUGCAAUUUUAUCCUUUGCCUCAACUACAAUUACUGUUGUUGACAUUGCUGACAAAAAGAUGGAUCCUGCUCAAGCCAUACAAAAGUUGGAAGAGUUUAAAUCAGAUGUACACUCGGAUCUGACUGGAACAAAUAUAAAAGGCGCAAUGGACAAGGUGUAUGACAUGAUGAGCGCACAGAAAGCAACGUUGAAAAAUUUUAAUGAAGUUAGGAAUGUUAUCAUUUUAUUAACUGAUGGUCAUGUGAACAUGGGUGGAGAUCCUUACCCUACUGUGAGGAAAAUUCAGUAUCUGGUUGGAACUAAUGCGUCAGGAGAUGCAAGAGAUGAAUAUCUGGAUAUUUAUGGAUUUGGGGUUACAAAUGAUGUUGAUAAGGAUUUAAUUAAUAGACUGACCUCAAAGAAAAAUAAUGAAAACCAUUACUUUAUUCUGGAAUCCCCUGAAAAGUUACGGGAAACCUUUGACAAAAUGAUAGAUGAAUCGGACAGUGUGGCAUUAUGCGGUAUUUACAAGGAUACAGAUGAGCAAAAACCACUGAAGCAGGGAGAUUCCAUGAAGCAAGAACACUAUCCUUGGCAUGUGUCUAUCCAAAUAACUCGUCAUGGAAAAGCCGAAUCAUGUAAGGGAUCCAUUGUUGGAAAUAAGCAUGUUCUGACCGCUGCACACUGCUUCACAACAGAAGAUGAUCAAAGCAAUGUUAAGGUGCUAAUCAACGACGAUGAUGAUCAAAAGAAAUCUAAAGACAAAAAGGUGAAAGCAAUCCAUCUGCAUCCGAAUUACAGCAUUUACUCAAAGAAAAAUCAGGGCAUUGAUGAGUUCUAUGACUAUGACAUCGCUGUUAUUGAACUGAAUGAAACUAUCAACACAAUAAAAAUUUCACCAAAAGCCCGUCCUAUUUGCAUUCCCUGCACUGAGGAGUCGAGGAGAGCACUGCGACUGAAACCUGAAACAACCUGCAAAGAUCAAAUAGAAAACCUGUUCUCCCAGGACAUAGUUGACGCAUUUUUUGUGACAGGGGUAGAAUCACAAAUGAAGAAUAUGAAUGUUAAAAUAAAACUAAAGAACCAGCCUCAACUGAAAUGUAAUGAAGAUGCAAAAAUGGCUCCUCUGUACACAAAACUCAAAGACUGGAGGGAGGUGGUGACUGACAGAUUCCUCUGCACAGGAGGCACAGAGCCAGAAGUCGAUGAGGUCACAUGCAAAGGAGAUUCUGGCGGCUCUCUUGUAAUUAAAAGGAAGAGAAGAGCUUUUCAGGUCGGAGUGAUAAGCUGGGGUAACAUGAAUCUGUGUCAGCCAAAACGAAAACAAUCAACAGAACAUUCCCGUGACUAUUAUAUCAACCUUCUUAAAGUGCAGGACUUUCUAGAACCUAAGCUUCCACACCUCAAAUUCAAAAAAUAAAUAAUUUAAAAAUGUAACUUUGUAAGCAUAAUGCUAUUUUUGAAUGCUCAACUAAGUAAGUGCAGUUCCACUCAAAACAAGUCUGGUUAAUAUUUCCUGCAGAAAAAUGUCAGCUUUAUUAUAAGUAUGCUCAAUUUUGGUCUUCUGUAUAUUAAUUUUAUUGUUGUUGGUGUUGUUAUGCACUUUUCUGGACAUCUUUUCUAAAUAAAAGUUUGUUAUUUUUCAAUGUAAA